CUCACCCCCUCACAAGCCCGAGCCCAGCUCCCUUUGCGUUGUACCUUAGCAAUACCCCGCUUGCUUUGCACACAGCCCUGGCCAGCCCCUCCCCGUGCUCCUCUAGGCUGGCACCCAUUCUUUCUAAUCUCUCCUUCCCGGGGCCAUACGUGCCUGGCUCCUCUCCUCUUGCUUUUCCAGCUUCCAUGCAGGGUGCCCCCGCCUCCCCCCUGGGGCAUCCUGUGCUCUGCAAGACUUGAGCUGCUUUUCAUUACCGACCAGGUCAAGAAGCCAUUCAGAUCCUGUUUAAUAACCAAAUAAAAUGGCAUCCAGACAGAUCACACAGGAAACAUUUGAUGAUGUGGUGCAAGAAAACAUCAUGGAAUUUGAAAUGGAUCCAGAUGAGGCUGUGAAAGAAGCUGUCCAGCAAUUUGAAUCUCAGGGUGUUGAUCUGAGUACUAUUGUGAAAGCUGCACGGAAACCCACCUCUGAAAAUGGCCAAGAGGAAAAACACGACAUUUUGCUGACAUUAGACUCGCUCAGGAAGUCCAUCGCUGACUCUGCACUCAGUGAGGUCGGUGAGCAGGUAGUGCGCUUCAGUGAGCAAUGCAGAGAACAGCUGGCUGUCCGCUACUUGGCUGGGCAGAAAGGUGCCUGUCCUGUGGUGCUGUCUGCCUGCAAGCUGGCCUCAGGAGACAGAAGUGCCAUGCUCAAGGCCCUGCAUGCUUUGUCUGCCCUCAUGGAUGGGCAGCCAGACCUGCUCGACUCUGCAGGCCAAGAGCUGUUGCUGCAAACACUGAAGGAAAAUGCAGAUGACGCUGAAAUAACUCUAGCUGGGAUCCGGUGCAUCCGACAUGCCUGUCUGAAACAUGAGCAGAACCGCCAGGAACUGGUGAAAGGUGGCAUCCUGCCAUUGCUGACGGGUGCCAUUGUCCGGCAUGGCAGCUGUGCUGGGGUGGUCCGGGAGGCCUCCUCAGCGCUCAGGGUCAUGACAUUUGAUGAUGACAUCCGAGUGCCUUUCGGCCAUGCCCAUAAUCAUGCCAAGAUGAUUGUAUCAGAAAACAACGGUUUAAAGAUCCUCAUGGAGGCUGCCAAAGCGUUCACAGACGACUCCAGCGUUCUCCGUGAGCUUUGUGCCACCUUGGCUCGCCUGUCCAUCCGGAAUGAGUUCUGUCAAGAGAUUGUGGACCUUGGAGGCUUGAAUUUCAUGGUGGCCCUUCUGGCUGACUGCAUUGACCACCAGGAGCUGGUGAAGCAGGUGCUGAGUGCCAUGUGGGCCAUCUCAGGGAACGAUGACGUGAAAGACGCCAUAGUCAACACUGGAGGAACAGACCUCAUUGUGCUGGCUAUGAGCCAUCACCUUGCCAGCCCUCAGUUGUUUCAGCCAAUGAUUCCUCUCUUCCUCUUGGUCCUGCAGAUCUGUGAGCAGGGCUGUGCAGCUUUGUGCAUGCUGGCCUUGCGCAAGCCAGAGAACUGUAAAGUCAUCAUGGAAGGCGGAGGGGCCUUGGUAGCUCUUCAGGCCAUGAAGAUGCAUCCAAGAGAAGUUGCUGUGCAGAAACAGGCCUGCAUGCUGAUCCGGAACCUGGUCUCCCGGAACCGGGACUUCUCUCAGGCUAUCCUGGAGAUGGGAGCUGAGAAUUUGAUUUUGGAGGCUCGUGCGGUGCACCAGGAUUGUGACGACAUAGCCAAAGCUGCCUUGAGAGACCUUGGCUGUAAAGUGGAGCUCCGAGAGCUGUGGACAGGCCAAAAGGGAAGCCUGGCUCCCUAAACCGCUGCCCCCGAGAGCCCUGGAAGCUUGGGACAUCUCCAUAUGCAGCAUCUACAGGCAAACGUGGCGUCAAAUAAUCUGCACUUAAAACUAGCCCCGAGCAGCUGAAGAGAAUUCCUGGCCUGUGAGGCUCUCGUGGUGUGGGCUGUGCUACGCAGGGACAUCUAAGCUGUUGCUGAGAUGGCUUUGUCUGUGUAUAUAGGUUACAGAUACACAGAACUUGUUGUGAUGAUCUACUCUCUCUACAACCUGAUGCCUGGGAAAGACCUACUUUUCCCCUCCCCUCCCCCCCGCGUUGCUGUGUUACUUAUUUAUUGCAUGGGCUGUUCCUAUGUGUGUCUGUCCAUGUUGUGAUCCAAAGUAGAUCUCUUCCUGCAGCAGUUUGGCAUCUACCAUUUUAACCAGCCUUGUCCUGCCUCCUGACCCCUACUCUGUGCCACUGUGGCUAGCCAUCCCAAAGGCUAUGUGGGAGAGAUGACACCAAUAUAGUGAAUGUCCCGUCCUAUCCCAGUGCUGUUACUAGCAGGCUGGGCAGCGUCUCACUGUGUUGGCUGUAUCCAUUUCCGUCCGAUACAGCAUUUUAAACAAAUGCAAAGUAUUGGCUGGAAACGUCAUGGCCCGGUGUGUCAUGUUUUAUAAUCGCUGAGCUUCCAGAAAUAAAUGUAAGAUGAUAGGAUUGUUCCAAAUGAUAGGUGUGAGAGAGAGCUUUGGGGGCAGGGAAAAAAUAGCUUGGUGUGCCACAGUGUUGUGCCUCCAGAGAGCCAGCCACAUUUAGAGGCCUGUGCUGGGAGCACCAGACAUACUGUCUCAGAACCAAGACUAUUGUAUCGUAGUUGCUUGCUCUGAUCAACAGGCCAUGGCUCCCCUUGGAGCAGGAAGACGCUAUAUUUGGAGGAAAAAGAGGUGGAAGGAUAGGGCAGUCUGAAAUCUCUUGACCUCCCUUAUACAUAGGCUAAAUAGCCCCCUCCUGAGCCACGAGAAAGCAUUUUUGUGAAUGUCGUCAGUCCUCUAACUGUCUGUGGUUUACUGUUCUGUUCUAGCUGUUAGCCUCCAUGCUCUGUUCUAUUGCCAUUUGCUUCAUUGUUGAGUGACGAAAUUCAUAUUAUAAGAAACAUAAAGGGUGCUUGGCACCAGACAAGCCGAUUUGUAAAGGGGGGAGGGUGGAAAAGGUGACUAAUGCUUUUGGACAUUUUAAACUGAUUAUGCCAAGUAUGUAAGUAAAUGCAGCUGUGUGGUGUCUGCCUGUAAGGGAGCAAAAGCCUUGACAGCUUUGAAAACCCCACAGGCACUAAUUCCAUGUGUAGUAUGUGUUUGCAAUAAGCUGCCUACAUCCCUUUCUCAGUUGCUUUUUCUGGCGAAAGCUGCAUCCAUCUGUCUGUGUCUCUGCAAUCUCAGUUCAAUAAACCAUGUCAGGCUGCACUUG